UCAUGUUGCUUGCCGUUUAUUUGUCGAGUUAUUUUCUUAUUGUGUCGGGCAGUAGGGGCGGGAGACGCGGCGGCAGUCACCAAUAUCCGUCAACACAUGGGUUGUCAGGCACCGGGUAUACCCAUCAACAAUCAACAGGUGGGUCGGGACAUACAUACCCGAAAGGCACGGGUUUGUCUGGAAAUUCCGCGGGAAAUUAUCACCAUAAAACUGAAGUGCAUAACCAUUACCAUUACAACCCGCCCCAGCAAAUAAAUUACGGUUCGACCUACCAUCCCGUGUACCAUGGACCGCCACCAGUUUACGUUUACGAGUACAGGAAUUCAGGAAGUCGCUUCGACAGUUUAUUAACAGGACUAGCCUUGUAUAAUUUAGGUCGAAUGUCGGCACAUAGCCAUGACCAUUCCCACUACAACGAAUACAGAGGGACGCCGGGAGAAAUUUGCAAGAUGGGUAUAAGUAAACCCACUGGAGAUUAUGAAGAAACGCGAAUCGACUGUAGACUUAUGUCCAGUUUCAUUUGGGAUGUACAACCAGAGAAACAUGAGACUGUUUCCAAAAUUAUAACAACGGUAAACACAAGUGAGACAAUUUCGGGCAACGAAACAGUUACCGUUCAAAACACGACAGUUGUAAAUGCAUUAGAAGUAAAAGGACCGUCGCUUAAAGUGACAGAAGGAAUGGACUGUUUUAUGAUACGCGACUCCCGCUAUUCGUCAUACGUGAAAAAGAGAGUUGAUUGUGCAUUGCUUCAGGAAUAUGCUAUGCGGUCUCUACGCGCUUAUAGUGACCGUGUGAGUCCUGUUUUGUAUAUUUCAUUGUGCUCUUUGUAUUUUACUAUAUUAUAAAUAAAACACAUAAUUAUAAUGAAAACUUUUUAUUAAACAAAUACAAAUAAAUAGUUAAACGUUUAGCUUA